GGAGCUUUCUGGAAGUUCUUGUCUUCCGUUAUCCGCGUGCAGCUCUUGUCCGGUGUUUGAGGUGCAGCAGCAACGGGAUGUCGGCGGUAAAAUCUCUAAACCCGAAGGCGGAGGUGGCGCGAGCUCACGCGGCUCUGGCGGUAAAUAUCAGCGCGGCGCGUGGUCUGCAGGAUGUGUUGAAGAGUAAUCUCGGACCCAAAGGAACCAUGAAGAUGCUUGUUUCUGGUGCUGGAGAUAUCAAGCUGACUAAAGAUGGCAAUGUUCUUCUGCAUGAGAUGCAAAUCCAGCACCCCACGGCUUCACUGAUUGCCAAGGUGGCCACGGCCCAGGAUGACAUCACAGGCGAUGGCACGACGUCCAAUGUGCUCAUCAUAGGAGAGCUUCUCAAGCAGGCCGACCUUUACGUUUCCGAGGGUCUUCACCCUAGGGUAAUAGCAGAGGGAUUUGAGGCUGCUAAGGACAAAGCCCUCGAAGUGCUGGAGGAGGUCAAGGUCACAAAGGAGAUGGACAGAGAGACGCUCAUCCAUGUAGCCAGGACCUCCCUCAGAACCAAGGUCCACGCAGAGCUGGCUGAUUUGCUCACGGAGGCUGUGGUGGAUGCUGUGCUUGCCAUCAGGAAACCCAAUGAGUCCAUCGAUCUGUACAUGGUGGAAAUCAUGGAGAUGAGACACAAAACAGACAGUGAUACACAGCUGAUCAGAGGUCUGGUGUUGGAUCAUGGAGCCAGACAUCCUGACAUGAAGAAGAGGGUGGAGGACGCUUACAUCCUUACCUGCAAUGUAUCCCUUGAAUAUGAAAAAACAGAGGUCAACUCUGGAUUCUUCUAUAAGAGUGCAGAUGAAAGAGACAAACUGGUGAAGGCUGAGAGGAAGUUCAUUGAAGAUCGUGUGGUGAAGAUCAUUGAGCUCAAGAACAAAGUUUGUGCGGAUAACAAAAAGGGCUUUGUGCUCAUUAACCAAAAGGGUAUCGAUCCGUUCUCUUUGGACGCUUUGGCUAAAGAGGGUAUAGUUGCACUGCGCCGGGCCAAGAGGAGGAACAUGGAGAGAUUGACACUGGCAUGUGGUGGUAUAGCCAUGAACUCUGUGGAUGAUCUUACACCUGAAUGUCUGGGAAACGCUGGACUUGUAUACGAGCACACACUGGGAGAGGAGAAAUACACGUUCAUCGAGGACUGCAGUAAUCCUCGUUCGGUGACACUGCUGGUUAAAGGGCCCAACAAACACACGCUGACACAGAUUAAAGAUGCUGUGAGAGACGGACUCAGGGCGGUCAAAAACGCCAUUGAAGAUGGUUCAGUUGUGCCCGGCGCCGGUGCGUUCGAGGUGGCCGUAGCUGACGCUCUAGUCAAACACAAGCCGAAGGUUAAGGGUCGAGCCCAGCUGGGUGUUCAGGCGUUUGCUGAUGCACUCCUAGUCAUCCCUAAGGUUCUGGCUCAGAAUUCAGGUUACGACCCACAAGAGACACUUGUGAAGCUUCAAAGUGAAUUUAAAGAGUCUGGACAAGUGGUGGGCGUCGACCUGAGCACAGGAGAGCCGAUGGUGGCAGCAGAGGCAGGUGUGUGGGACAACUACAGUGUGAAAAAACAGCUGCUUCACUCAUGCACUGUAAUCGCCAGUAACAUCCUUCUGGUAGACGAGAUCAUGAGGGCCGGGAUGUCUUCACUCAAAGGUUAAUGUAGAUCGACAUGAAGAGGUCAAGAGAACCAGAAGAAGCUGUGCAGACGUCCUGUCCAGCCUGUCAUCCCUCAUCACCCGUCUUAUGUCUGUUUUUAUGACAUCUCCCCUCCAGUCGAUUGGUUUAUUUAUGAGAUUUUGUUAAAGCAGCACUGAAUUGUAAUACCCACUUUGCUUUGUAUCCAUUAAACAUUUUGGUUCAGUUA